CAGGACGAUAAAUAAACCUUGGCUGUUUCUCCCAGCUGAUUCCUCCCAGAUGUUAAAGUGCAGGUCUGCGGGGUGGAGGCUUCCCGGCGGGAUGCAGGAGGAUUCUGGGAGAAGAAAUGUGACCCAGGCGGUCUCCACCCAAACACUCAGAACGAUGCAGAGUGCUGCGCGCAGAGAGAGACGACCUGUAGAGCCUCCACGCCGACAAAUGAAAAUAUGACUGUUUGAGUUGAAAAACACAAAGAAUGGAGAGCUGCACGCUGCCACACUAGCUGUUCUGUGAUUGGCUGAUUGCUCCCAUCACUAUCAAGAUGGCCCACCUUUUCCUUGCCAGUAAAAUCACCAUGCCCGACGAUUUCCACACCAAAGGCGGUGCCAGGAUCCCAAGGAGUGCCAUGAGGAUGCCGACAUCGCUGUCCACUGAGAAGCUGAGCCGGGACAAGCCCAGGAAGGACCACAGCGUCGUCGUGACAACGCACGUCCCGCACAUCAACGAGGUCCAGCUGACAGCGGCCACCGGCGGCGCCGAGAUGUCCUGCUAUCGCUGCACCGUGCCAUUCGGCGUGGUCGUCCUCAUAGCCGGCAUCGUGGUGACAGCGGUGGCAUACACCUUCAACUCCCAUGGGUCCACCAUCUCGGUGCUGGGUCUGGUGCUGCUGUCUGCUGGACUGGGCCUGCUGGGCUCCAGCGCCGUCUGCUGGAGAGUCCGACUGAGGAAGAAGAAGGACAAACGGAGGGAGAGCCAGACGGCCCUCAUGGCUAGCCAGGGAUACUGCGUGGCCUGAUCUAAAGUCCUUAAUCCGGUUCUGAGUGGAGGUCAAGUUUAAGCUCUUUUUAUCCAAAAAGUGACACCGGUGGUUCAGACGAUUAACUUCAGGGAGACUGUGAACUUGAACGCACCUUGCAUUAACAGGGAUAUGAGUUGGUGAACUUAUUGUAAAGAGAUGCUUGUACUUGCUGCAGGGUCUUGUCCAUCUGGAUGUCUCUGCAGACACCUUAAAGGACUGUGAUGGUCUGGGUAAAGGAUGGACACAGCAGCCUGCAGGAUGACUCAGCAGCAGAAAAUUAUGGAGAAUUUGAACUUGACGUGCUGGACAAUGGAGAGAGGACCACUGCUGAGGUUUGGAUAUUUGAUUAAUCCAAAAUGCCAAACAAUCAUCUGUUUUCAGCUUUUCAAAUUUGCCCUGUUUCUGUUUUAUACCAACUUGGGUUGGUAUAAAACAGUUGGUUGGAAAAUGUGGUGUCAGAAAAUGAGCUCUGGGAAGUCUGGUUGGAAGUAACAGGCAUUUUCAUAAUGGAAGCUCUAUAAUAUCUUAUGUAAGUACAAGUUACAUCUCAAAACACAUCCCCUGGCCUGUACCUCACAUAUACAGUGACUUGAUUUUGAGCGGCCUUUUUGACAUGAAACAGUCGGGUAAACACAGGUGUUACCAAUCAUACUAACUAAGGUUCUGUUCCAUUCAGGUUGGCUCUGCUACACUAAAUGGAACUGAACUGUAAUUAGUAUCACCUGUGUUUACCCUACUAAGCCAUGAGCUGUCUGUAGAAGCUGCUGUGGAUCAUGUGGUAGGACAGAAUCCCUGACACUUAAGUCCUCAGUAAGACCACUAUUGAAAGCAUCCCCACCCUGCUCAGAUAGACUCUCACCAGAAUGCCCUGCAGGAGACUGCCAAAACAAGUCUUCUUUGGCGAGUCGAAAACUGGCAAGAGGACGCAAGAUGGCACCAAAAAGCACUUCAAGGAUACCCUGAAAGCCU